CUCCGUGAAUUUGGUAUCAUCGUCCAUGGAGCCUACGAGACCUCGUAGUCGCCCCGUCGGCGUGCUCUUGCCAUGUCUCCUGCUGGCGUUCUGCAUCCACGGGCCGCCGUCGCUGGCGUUGGACACCGUUUCCCGGGAUCAGCCGCUCUCCGGCGGACAGAGGCUGGUGUCUCAGGGCGGCAGGUUCGCCCUUGGCUUCUUUCAGCCGGAUGUCACCGCACCUGACAGAUGGUACCUUGCCAUAUGGUACAACAAGAUCUCAAAGCACACACCUGUCUGGAUAGCUAAUCGUGGAAGGCCUAUUUCUGAUUUAAACUCAUCAAAGCUAACAAUAUCAGAAGAUGGAAACAUGGUUUUGCUGGACCGCCUCGAAUCCCCUAUAUGGGCCACAAACAUCACCAGGAAUAUCUCCAACUCUACGGUCGGUGUCAUCCUUGACACAGACAAUUUUGUGCUAGCACCUGCAUCCAACACCACCUAUUUCCUCUGGCAAAGCUUUGACGAACCAACCAAUGUGUGGCUUCCUGGGGCAAAGUUUGGAUGGAACAAGGUCACUGGUCACACCACACGCAUCAUAUCAUGGGAGAGUUCCAUUGAUCCAUCGCCAGGGUAUUAUACACUUGAGAUGGACCCAGACGACAGCAACCAGUAUAUCCAACGGUGGAACAAUUCUGAGGUUUACUGGGCAACAGGCAAGUGGACUGGCACUAUGUUUAUUGGAGUUCCUGAGAUGGCGUCAUACCCUAAAGCCGAAGUAACCUAUGAAUUUGUGGUUAAUGAUCAGGAGAGCUACUUCAUGUACCAUACUAAUGUAACCACGACUACAGCCAUGUUUCAUAUGGAGGUCUCAGGUCAGGUCGAGGCUGUAACAUGGAUAGAGUGUGCAAGAUUGGGCACCAUUCUUAUCAAUGCCAAAAGCACAGUGCAGCGUGUACUUUGUUUGUGGUUCCUUUGCCAUAUGUACUGAAAAUGCAUUCACUUU